UAUGUACAGAUUUAUGAUAAUGGCUGUAAAUCAAAAUUCCCAUUUGAGGGGCCAUUGGUAAAUUUGAAGAUGUUUUAUCAAUAAUAAUCUGACUGUUGUCAGUUAUAAUGUUUGUCAAUAUUAUUUUAGAUAGCACAAAGUGAAUCCAUAAGAAAAUGUUCCAGGAUAAUUGGAUCUUUGGUGAAAUCAUUCAAUUAUAAUAGAGUAAAUGGGUCAUCAAUAAAAGGGUUUAAUUAAAUGCCAAUUAAGGGCUUAAUCAAGCCUUUCAUCUAAUAUGCACAUAAUUCACAGUUUGUGUAAUAUAUUAUAAUUUCAUUGACAUCAAAAAAAGUGAUUAGUGCAAACAAUGGCAAAAGCUGUCAAAGUGGGCCCUGAUGUGUGUGAUAUAAGGCUGUGAAGUUCUGACUACACUCAAACUGUGAAACUAGAAAGCAUCUGAGAGCAUGCCUAGAUAUAAUAUAUUUGUGGUGCAAUAUAUAUAAGUAAUUAAAAAGUUUUAACUUCAAUUGACUUGGAAUUGUGUGCUAAGGAAACAGUGUUAAAUUUGAUAUUAGUGAUUUUAUUUGCCAAAAGGAUUUUUUACCACACAUUCAACAUGGACUUACUUCCCUCUGUAGAUCUACUCAGGGACCACCUGGUUGCACAUGACAGGGCAGUGAGACAGAUUAUUGCACUUGAUCAAUACAUAGAGCGUAUGAGUGAGCAGACGUUUCUCUCGACGCUGGGCGAGCACAUGACACCUGCCUUCCAGAAGAUGAUCCGUAUCUCAGUGGCAGAGGGCUUGAAGCGAAUGUACAAGGAGUACAGACUGUCAAAGUGGCUCAAGGUUCAGGAGAUGGCCUUGACCGUCAGAAGGGUGCUUGACGCUGAGACAGCCCAGUUCAUGCCCCAGUCACCGAGUGGCAGACCCUACAUGCAACAGGGUGGCCAAAUUUUACCUCAUGGUCCCCAAUACUUCAUGCCUCAUGGAGCACCAUACAUUCCUCAUGUAGCUCCAUACAUUCCACAGGGUGAAGGCCAACUCGUUUUGUACAACCAUGGAUUACCUUGGCAACCACAGCAGCAACCCAACCCCAUGUGGGUGAUGCCUGCUCCAGAGGAAUUUCAGUGGCAUCAAUCCAUGGAAGGUCAUUCUCAACAUGCAAACGGGUUGAGAGGGGUGUACCCUGGGGAGCAUCACAACAUGAUCUCCAAUGGGCCAGCAGUGGACGAGAGGCCUAUCCGCCUUGUGUCAAACAUUUCUUCUAUAAGUGAACAUGUAGAGGUUGAAGAGAUUGUAAGUGCUAAUGGUGCUAUAUCAGCGGUGUUGGACUGUGCCAUUUCAGACAUUUCUGGACUAAGUGACAGCAGUGAUGAGUUUUUGGACUCAGUGAAUGUAGUGAAUCCUCAUUUCCACAUGAGAAGUGGACCUGCAAGCUACAGUGGUCCUUUAGCGACCAGUGCUCAUCCAGGACUUGUGCUAGACAAUCAGGUAAACCAAGGACAUUUGGUGCCCUAUUCUCAGAAUGUGCUGCCAUCUGCUAACAACCAACUCCAUCCAGUGCCUGAAAUAUUUGUGCACCAGUCUGCUGGCAUUCCCAUCAUGCCCCAGCAGUACAACCACUACAUUGACAAUGAGCUUCCUAGUGACCUAGAUGAUAGCAUGGACUGGGCUUCUGAUGACUCCGAUUACAAUGACUCAGAGGAAGAUCUGGCUGGUGUCCUGUUUGCAGCUGAACGUCUGCUGCCAGAGGAGCAAGCAGUCAGACUGGACGUUGAGAUGGGUGAUAUGGGCAUCGGUCACAUGCUCUUUGACAGGGUCUCUGCCACUUGGUACAUCUCACACUGUGAGUUCUACAGGGGUGAAUGAUAACAGUAAAGUGUGGACAGUUUGUUAGGAGGAUUUUUUGUGUUGCAAAAAGUCAAACAAAGGAACUACAAAUAGAAUUAAUUAAAUUUAAGAUAUUAAUUUGAGGCAUUUAGCUGUUAGUCUUGCAAUAUGAACCUUUUGAUGGAAAAAUGCUUAUUUAUGUGGAUAUUUUUAUAUUGGAUGUUUUGUUUGAAAUAGUACAAUGCGGGAUACUGCCAUUGGGGAUGUUUUGUUUAA